AUGGACGAUCAACUUAUUGAAAAUUGGAAUGAUACAACUCAAUAUAUGAAUCUUAAUAAAAAACCAAAGAAAAUUCCAUUAGAGUGUAAAAUAUGUGGAGCUCCUGCAUUUUAUUCUUAUGUUAGUGUCAUCGUAUGUUUUUCCUGUAAAAUGUUUUUUAAACGUAAUGCAGAGACUAAACAGGAACAUUCCAAAUGUCUUUUUGAUGGUCAUUGUCAAAUUAAUACUCUUAAUCGUCAUAAUUGUUCAUCUUGUCGACUUGCUAAAUGUUUUAAAAGUGGCAUGCAAGUUGCAAUGCUUCGAUCCUCUAGAACAACAAAGAACAAGACAAAACAACAACAAAAAGUGACAAAAAUAUCGACUGUUUUGGCAAGAUUAAAAGAAAUAGAUCAUACACAACAAUUACCAACAUUGAAUCUAUUACAAUCCGAUCAACUAACAUUAACUAUGGAUGAGUGGAAUCUUCUAUCACAUUUAACUCAUUGUUAUGAUGAAUACAAUGGAUUUUCAUUAGUUCAACGUUUUAUACAUGAACAAAAUAAUUUACCUCCUAAAAUGCGUUAUAGAUUAACACGAGUCAAUGAACUUAUUCUAUCAUUCAUAAAUCAAUCUCAAUAUUUUUAUGAAACUAAUUCGUAUUUUAUUUCUUUAUGUUCACAUGAUCGUCGUAUUUUAGUUCAUAAUACAAUGAAAUAUGUAGGUAGUCUUGGUGCAUGUUUUAUAAUACAUCAUACUGGAUUAUUAAACAAUCUAGCUUUCUAUAAAUCUAUUGAGAUUAUUUAUGGAUCAAGUAUAUUAACUAACAGUAAUCGUAUGAUUUGUCAAUUCAAUUUUGAUGAUACAUUUUUUAAAUUAGUACUUGCAUUACUUGUUUUUUCUACAUUCGACUAUACAUAUUAUACAAAUAUUGUUCCAAUCAAUCUAAUGGAUAUUAAAACAAUUUUACAUAUUCAAAACAUAUAUACUGAAUUAGCAUGGCGAUAUUUGAUAUGUAGAUAUAAUUAUAGACAAGCUGUCAUAAAUUUUUCUAAUCUUAUUCGAUAUAUUUUUUCUUUAAAUAAUACUAUUGUCGAAGCAAUUGAACUUAAACAAUGUAAAGAUAUGGUUGAUUUAGUUAUUGAACAAACUAAAAAGACAACAAAACUAAUUGAUUGA